AUGUUUAUGAUUGCUAUAUUGUUACUUCAAUUGAGCAUUGGUGUGUACAGUCAAGGUGUAUAUGAUCCUGCGACAUUUACAGAAUCUACAUGUUCAGACAAUAAUCAAUGGACAGUUUGGUUUGACUCAAAUGAUCCUAAUUUAACACAAGGUGAAUUUGAAAUUACUAGUCAUAUUCAACAAAACUUUCCUCUAUUCAUGUGUCCAGUACCAGUUGCUAUCGAAAGUCAAACUACAAGUGGUGGAUCACCAGUUCAAAGCGGUGAUGUAUUUCGUCUCAGUGUUAAAGAUGGUUUAUUAUGUUUAAAUCAACAGAUCGAUGCAUACAAACAAAAAUUAUGUGCUGAUUAUAGAGUACGUUAUUGUUGUCCAAAGACAGCUAUCGGACAGAUAUUACUAACAACGUCACCAUCUGUGCCAACAGCUAACACUUGUGGCCGUCAAUCGAUCACUCCAUCAACUCAACGUAUUGUAGGCGGUGUCGAAGCGGUUCCUCAUUCAUGGCCAUGGAUUGUUUCUUUACAAAUACGUGAUCAUUUUUGUGGUGGUACUUUGAUUGAUACACGUCACGUACUCACAGCUGCUCAUUGUUUACCAUCGGUAAGUAGCAGUCAACUUCGUAUAGUCGCUGGUUUACAUCAAAGACAAAAUCAAAAUACUGGACGCACACAAAAUAUAGGAGUAUCGCGUAUAUUUAUGCAUGAACAGUACAAUUCAGUUUCCCAAGCACAUGAUAUUGCUAUUAUUCGUCUAGCUCAACCAGUUCAAUUGAAUGAAUACGUUCGUUUGAUUUGCUUACCUGGACCUGAUCCACAAGAAUCAGCAACAGUAACCGUAGCUGGCUGGGGUACUACAUUUAAAAAUAGUCCAUUAGCAACUACUUUACGGCAAGUCUCAGUAAAAGUUACAAAUAAUCAAGCCAGUGCAGCUUACUCAAGUAGUUUUAAUGUUCAACGACAAAUUGGUGCAGGCAUACCAUACUCAGGUGGUAAAGAUAGUUGUCAAGGUGAUAGUGGUGGCCCUUUGAUGUACAAUACCAAUGGACAAUGGUAUCUAUCAGGAAUAGUUAGCUUCGGAGCUGAUUGCGCUCUUCCAAACUAUCCAGGUGUUUAUACACGUACAAGUGCUUAUCUUAGUUGGAUUCAAAGUAAAAUCAAUUCGAAUUGA